AUCCCUCAUUUAUCUUUUUAAGUUCAAAUAACAUUUACUAUUAUGUAUAACGAAAGUGUUAAAGUAAACAGCCUAAAAAGCAUAAAAUAGCACCCAGAGCUCCUGCCACUUUGCUUGAUCAAGCUAAUUAGCUUUAUCAGGCUAGUGGAGUGCAAACAUGGUGGACCCUAGACGACACGAGCCAGCCAUGAGGAGCAUUUCUGUCCAUCUCUGUGGUGUGUUGCUGCUUUUGGACUUACCUCUCAGUGUUCCCAGUCCACCGCCAAUAGGAUCAUUUCAGACCAAAUGUCUCGACCGCCACUUCUGGCUUUCCAUGAAGUCCAGCCACCUUGGCCAGAUGGUCCAGUUUAAUUUUGAAGACCAGUAUGGAGUCCACUCCCUGUCCCCACUGGAGGCCGCGCUCUGUGGCUACACUGUCCUGAUCACCGAUGCAGGAGACCUGGUGUUCCGAGCCUCCUUCCUGGCCUGUCAUGUGAACAGUCAGGCAUGUGCAGCAAACCGUGCAGCUUUCACUGUAGAAUUAGUCCUCAUGCACAUUUCCUUGUUUCUCCUUUUCAGAUGGGUUCAGACUAUUACCUGCGUCUCUGGGUUGUGCACGUAAAGGAGGAUGCAAAGGUGAUGGGGUUCCCCCUACAGCUCCACUGUCCUCUGCAGGAGGCGUGGAGCUCCAGGGAGAUCGUCUGCGAGGAGAAUUACAUGGAGGUGUCCAUCCAACUGUCCAUCCUCCCUCUUUCACCCCAAAAUAAGAAGAAUGAAGUUAAAUCUGCAGACAUGGCCAUCAUGUUCCAUAACGCCAACCGGACGGCAAAGGAAGCUGUGGUUUUGUCCCUCAGAGAAGCUGCUGCUCUGAGCUACUACAUCUCUCUGCAGACGUCCCGGUUCUCGCUCCGCUGUCCCUACUCGUCUCUGCUGUCAGUCUUUGUCAAGGAGAAUGGAGUAGACAUGGAGAUUGUAAGAGCUUCCACCUUGUUCAGACUCGAAGACAAGGUGCUGGCUGUGGACACCUCUGUUGCCUGUGUUCUCAAUGAAGCCACAGCUGAUGGUUCUGACCUGCUCUGGACAGUCCCUUAUUUCAUCCCUCCCUUAGUUCACGGGGAGUCUAGGGACAGAGGCGUGAGCGUCAGAGUGAACAAUCAGGCUCUGAGAGACGAGAGCGGUUACAGGAUCAGCUUGCAGGAGGGGCGAGCAGAGCUCAGGGUUUCUGCAGGAGCUCUGGGUGGACACGUCCAGAGCAGUGUUGUGAGGGGACAGUACAGUCAGUCCAUGUCAGUGGAUUUGUUCUUCAUGACGCAGUGGGAGGAACAACGGUGGCCUCUCACCCAGCAUCGCUCCUUCAGGCUCCUAAAGACCGCUGUCGUCCCACAAAAUCUCAUCCUGAUCAACAACACUCCCUUUUUGGAUUCCAACUUGUCCAAAGAUCAGUUUUCAGUCUCUUUGGGCUUCUUCGCCUCUGAUGUUCUCCUCCAGAAGGUGACGGUUGAUGGCGGUGGUGACCUUUUAAAGUGGACCCAAAACCAAAGCCAGACAGACCUUGGGGUGUCCAGGUUUCUUCUCUCCAAUGGGAGUUUCUUCUACCAGCUCAAUAUUUUGUUGUCGCACCCUAAAGUAAUCCCAGAGCACAUAGGUGAAGGGUUCAAGACCUACAGCUUCACUUUCAUCUUUACCCUGUCUGUCACGCCCAGUGGAGAGGUGUUUUACCACCAUGCUGCUCUGAAGCAUCAAGUCAAAUAUUCAGAACUGGGAUCCCCCAGGCUGGAGGGGAAGUGUACCGAGAGCAGCCUGUUGGUGCUGCUGCACCACGGGGCCCAUUCGGAUCUGCAGUGGGACCUCUUCCUCGGAGGCCAUAGGCUGGACUGGGAUCUGUUGAUGAUGGGUGGAUUCAAGAUGGAGGUGGAGGAAGACUACUUGACUGUGAUGAUUCCUUUCUCCAGCCCUGUGAUGAUCUACGAGAAGCUGUCAUUGGGAGGUCUGGUUGGUGGAGUUAACGUGUCGGUCGUGGAAGCCGAUUCCAUGAUAGAACAUGACCGUCUUGUCCAUAAAUGCACCUUCCCUGCUAGAGAACUUCUGGCCUGUUUGCCAGAGGGUAGGAUGGCUGCCAUAGUUGACACCACCCACACCAUCCCGCCCAUCCAGCCCAACAAAACCACUUUACGUGAUCCUGAGUGUGUUCCCAUGGAGACAGACAGCGCCAGAGCCCUUUUUGUCUUCAGCCUCAACUCCUGUGGGACAACUGUCACUGUCAAAGGAAAUCUGCUGGUUUAUGAAAAUCAGAUCAGUUACGCUCAAGACCUUCUGCCUCUGGACGGUCCUGUCAUACAUAGAGAUGCUCCAUAUAGGCUGACAGUCCAAUGCCAGUACCCAACAAACGAUACGAGUAUUUCAUCCAUUCAGCAUCAUCAGCAUCAACGUUUCAGCCAUCAGAGCCCAACGAGCACGUAGCGAAGCUGCCAAUCAACGCUUGUUUGUGUAAAACUAUGAUUUUGUUAAAAUAGGGUUCAAGUAUAAGAAAGAUGUUGAUAAACUUCAUAUGUUUGUAUAUACUCUUUAUUGUAUGCAUUGUAUAGGUUUGUGAGCAUGUGAAAAGUUUGGGCUUUGUUUAUUAUUCUGCACCAGAACACACAUUUGCAUCCAUAAACCCAUAAAUAUA